AUGGACUCCUUCUUAUUAACUAACUCUUUACUAAGAAACCUUUUGAGAAUACAAAGAUAUCUUCAAGAAUCCUCUGCAGCUAUAAUUUGUAUUACUGAUGAUACAAUAGAAUUCCUGGAUGAACAAGGUGAACCAACUGAGAUUAUUAUAGCUUCUGAUAUUAAUGGAGCUGCUAGUAAUGAGAACCUACAAAAAGUAGAAGACCCUGCUUUAGAGAUUGAAAAACCGAAAGGGGAGCUGGACUCAGCAAAUGGAUGA